AUAGAUCCUUUAAAAGAGAGCAAGACACCACCAGUAACUGAAACUGAGACAUUUGCUGCAAAACGACAUCUGGAUUUUGGGGGUCAGCUCUUAGAGGAUCUGAAGCCUUGGGUCUCAAAUUUCACUUAUCCAGGUGUACAGGACUUCUCUCAGCUUGCUCUUGAUGCCAAUAGGAAUCAACUCAUUGUUGGAGCCAGGAACUACCUCUUCAGACUUAGUCUACACAACAUUUCUCUAAUUCAGGCAACAGAAUGGAGCUCAGAUGAAGAUACAAGGAGAUCUUGUCAGAGUAAAGGAAAAUCUGAGGAGGAAUGCCAGAACUAUGUUCGUGUUCUGAUUGUCUAUGGCAAAAAGGUUUUCACUUGUGGCACCAAUGCUUUUUCACCAGUAUGUUCCAGCAGACAGGUAGGAAAUAUUAGCAAAAUAAUUGAGAAAAUAAAUGGGGUCGCUCGCUGCCCCUAUGAUCCUCGGCACAACUCAACCGCCGUGAUCACAUCACAAGGAGAACUCUACGCUGCAACUGUCAUUGACUUCUCUGGACGGGAUCCAGUCAUUUACCGCAGCCUCGGAAACGUCCCACCCCUUAGAACAGCACAGUACAACUCCAAAUGGCUUAAUGAGCCCAACUUCAUCGCUGCCUAUGACAUUGGUUUGUUCACUUACUUCUUUUUCCGUGAGAAUGCUGUGGAACAUGACUGUGGGAAGACUGUUUAUUCUCGUGUGGCAAGGGUUUGCAAAAAUGACAUUGGGGGUAGAUUUUUGCUGGAAGACACGUGGACAACGUUCAUGAAGGCUCGCCUGAACUGCUCUCGCUCUGGAGAAAUCCCAUUUUACUACAAUGAACUGCAAAGCACUUUUUAUCUUCCUGAACAAGAUCUGAUCUACGGAGUUUUCACUACUAAUGUAAACAGUAUUGCUGCUUCAGCAGUGUGUGCCUUCAAUCUCAGUGCUAUUACACAAGCCUUUAAUGGACCUUUCCGCUACCAAGAAAACCCAAGAUCUGCAUGGUUGCCAACUAUCAACCCUAUUGCUAACUUUCAGUGUGGAAUAUUGAAUGAUGACAGCCCCAAUGAAAACUUGACGGAGAGGAUCCUACAGGAUGCCCAGCGCUUAUUCUUGAUGAAUGAUGUGGUCCAGCCAGUCUCUGUGGAUCCAUAUGUCACUCAGGACAACAUCCGUUUCUCCAAACUGGUCGUUGACAUUGUUCAGGGCAAGGACACACUUUAUCAUGUGAUGUACAUUGGUACUGAGCACGGCACCAUUUUGAAGGCACUUUCUACUACUAAUAAGAGCCUGAGGAGUUGUUAUUUAGAAGAAAUGCAAAUUCUUCCCGCCAGCCUAAAGGAGCCAAUCCAGAGCCUCCAAAUAUUGCACAGUGACAGAUCGCUGUUUGUUGGCUUGAAUAAUGGAGUGCUAAAAAUUCCUCUGGAGAGAUGUUCCAUGUACAGAACAGAAGGUGAGUGCCUGGGAGCAAGGGAUCCAUAUUGCGGCUGGGAUAAGAAGCAGAAGCGAUGUACAACCAUUGAGGACAGCUCCAAUAUGAGUCUGUGGACCCAGAAUAUUACUGAGUGUCCUGUGAAAAAUCUGAUGGUUGAUGGGCGAUUAGGGCCCUGGUCCCCAUGGCAACCCUGUGAGCACUCAGACGGAGACAACACAGGCUCCUGCAUGUGCAGGUCGCGAUCCUGUAACAGCCCUCAGCCUCGCUGUGGAGGACGUGACUGUGAUGGAGCCACGAUAGAGAUUGCAAAUUGCUCAAGGAAUGGAGCUUGGACACCAUGGUCGUCCUGGGCCCCCUGCAGCACGUCCUGUGGGAUUGGCUUUCAGGUCCGUCAGAGGUCAUGCAGCAACCCUGCUCCGCGAUACGGAGGCAGGGUCUGUGUCGGACAAAGCAGAGAGGAGCGGUUUUGCAAUGAGAACAGCCCAUGCCCAUUACCAAUCUUUUGGUCUUCAUGGGGACCUUGGAAUAAAUGUAGUGCAAACUGUGGUGGCGGGGUGCAUUCAAGACAGAGGUCCUGUGAAAAUGGAAACACCUGCCCAGGCUGUGCUGUGGAGUAUAAAACCUGCAACCCAGAGGCCUGCCCAGAGGUGCGGAGAAACACACCAUGGACACCGUGGAUGCCCACCAACAUCACCCAGAGUGGCGCUCGGCAGGAGCAGCGCUUCCGCUAUACCUGCCGUGCACAGCUCUCCGACCCCCAUGACCUCCAGUUUGGUAGAAAGAAGACAGAAAGUCGAUUCUGCCCCAAUGAUGGCUCAGCAGUUUGCGACACAGAUUCUCUAGUUGAUGAUCUGCUGAAAAGUGGUAAAACCUCUAUUCGGAUUAUCAAUGGUGGCUGGUCCUUUUGGGGAGGCUGGUCAUCCUGUUCGAGAGACUGUGAGCUGGGUUUCAGAACCAGGAAGCGGACGUGCACCAACCCAGAACCUAAAAAUGGUGGCCUCCCUUGUAUAGGCUCUGCAAUGGAGUAUCAGGAUUGUAAUCCACAUCCCUGUCCAGUGAAAGGCUCAUGGUCCUGCUGGACUCCCUGGUCUCAGUGCUCAGCAACUUGUGGAGGUGGGCACUACCAGCGCACUCGAACCUGCACCAAUCCAGCACCAACAAAUGGGGAGGAUAUCUGCAUUGGACUGCACACAGAGGAAGCACUGUGCAAUACACACUUAUGUGAAGGUGGUUGGUCCGAAUGGUCUGAAUGGAGCUUGUGUAAUGAAGAUGGAAUCCAGUUUCGCAGUCGUUACUGUGAAAUCCACAGUCCUGGGUCUUUGCAAUGUGCCGGGAACAGCACACAGUACCAAGAUUGCUUGUACAAUGAGAUCCCUGUAAUCCUGCCAGCAUCAAGCAUUGAUGAGAGCACGAACUGUGGAGGUUUUAGUCUUAUCCACCUCAUUGCCACAGGCGUCUCCUGUUUCUUCGGUUCCAGUCUCUUAACCUUUGUGAUCUACGUUUACUGCCAGCGCUGCCAACGGCAGUCUCAGGAGUCAACUGUAAUCCACCCCACUACUCCCAACCACCUACAUUACAAAGGCAACACAACUCCCAAGAAUGAGAAAUACACACCUAUGGAAUUCAAGCUUACAGAAGUGACACACUUAAUAUCGGGGGGUCCAAACCUGGAUAUCUACCAGUGGAGAUGGAGAUCAGACACUUAACAAGAACAAUUUAAUACCAGAUGACAGGACCAACUUCUAUCCUUUACAGCAAACAAAUGUGUACACAACAACCUAU